GAGAGAUGUUGCAUAUCCUCUGUAGACCUCCAGAUGUCACGGCUUUCUAUGUAAGAUGCAAAAUUGACAAUGAGCUGCGGCUGCGAAGAUGCAAACGCUACGGGGGCGUGGAUGUCACACGAGCAAGAACUGCAAGGCGUCUGGUAGGCAACCGUUUCAUACCUCGCCACCAGCGCUUCCCGAGGCAGCCUUCCACCCCUUCAUUAUCCCGAACUCGAUGUCAUGUUUGCCUGUUAAGCCUCUGCUGUUCCUAAUGUCUAGGUUAAUAUACAACUCUUCUUGGUGAAAACUGGAAGCAAUGGGCCCGUGGCGUACGAUCCAGCCUCGUCCCAUGUCCCAGCAGAAAAAGGGUCAAAAUCAUCCGCUCGCGCAGGCCACAGCAGUCGAGGAAGCAGAUUCAGAGGAGCCUUUACGACCGAAGCGAAAGACUCGACACCGCCACACUGACGCGGAAUGGGAAGCCAUUAGGCCUGACCUGACCGAGAUGCUCUUGAGCCAGGGUCUGGAGGAUGCUGUAAUAAAAAUCAAAGAAACGCACAAUUUUGAAGCGGGGUAGAAACUGCCGCACUGAUGGCGAACUGUCCUUCUGCUGACCAAGUCAUCAGAAUUCGGGCUUACAGGUUUAAAAUCGUGGAAUGGGGCCUAAAACAGAACCAGAACGCGGAAGACCUAGGCGUCAUCGUGGCGAAAAGGGAGAAACGAAAACGUGAAGAAAACAAAGAAACCAUCGUCAUAGCGAGGGGGGAGCAGCUAGCAACGGAGCGGCUUGAUCUGUUCCACAGGAGGGCCAAACCCAAGGAUUCCCCUUCGGCAGCAACCCCACAGAGCAUCGAGUACUUUACUCCUAUCGAUGAUGGCCGAACCCCAAAUGCCCUACCGACCCCUGCGGCUUUGAGGCGAGCUCCUAGUCCUGCAAGUUCAUCCGACGCCGUGUCAGAUAACGAAGAGCAGAAGGAUUUCUGCAAAAGGCUUCUGGUACUAGAUCGAACGACGCAGCCAGCAGUAGUGCUUCGACCUCUUGAGCCUGAAGAAACCAAGACCUCGGUUGAGCACGAGAUUGGAUCACUUGGAACAACGCCAGAACAAACCACCCCUUCGUUGAGACGCCACUUGAAAAGAGUGAGAGUUCGAACGACACCAGGAUUGAACGAGAUCGCGAACACAGGGUCACAGGUACCCCAGUGCCCGAUUCACGACCUACACCAAGGAGGAUGUGUUGCAAUCGCAGGCCGCGGCCGCUUUGCGAAGAAAGAAAAGCCUUUGCAGCUGUUGUGGCAGAUGAAGACGCUAUGCCAUGACUUGGAAAAUGCAUUGUCCCAGGCAAGUAUCUCUGCAGAGGCUGGCUUGCCUGGCGCACCGACACCCACAGCCGACUGCGUCUCAUACAUCGUUCGUAUUCGUGGCAAUGGUGCCGGGAUGCGAGAGAAACGGCAGUGCCUGAUCCAUUUCUGCCAACGGAACAGCCAGAUACAGGGUCUCCUGGGCCUGACCAAACAGGACAGGAUGCGCUGGCUCCAGCCUUGGCACGAAACCGUCGAAGGAGACGCAUGGUUGAUCUUGCAGACUGCAGACCAUCUCUUUGGGGGACUCGCAAGUUCGUAUCCCGACAUGCACAUCCUGGAAGUUCUUGUCUACCUCCAUACUACUGCUCCACGUCGGGAGCCGAUUUUGCUACGCGCUGCUGCCGGCUGGGACCCACGCGAAGAGCACAACCUAUGCCUCUACUGCGACGACAAGUUGCAGACGGUGGAUUUCAUGGGGCCAGGCGGUGCCGUCAAGCUACACCACUCCGCCAGCAACUCGACCAACAUAUUCCAGCCGUUCUCGACAUUCGACUCGUUCCGCGCCGCUUUCGCCGAGGCCCGGGAAACCGUCUACGCCAGCUGGAGCGAGAUUGGGCGGCUGUUCCAAGGGUGGUACUACGCCCCGCUCCUGCGAAGGUGUCCUUGCGAGAGCAAGACUCACAAGCAUCUCGGAUCAGAACACUAUGUCAACGCCUUCGACGAGCAGGCGGUCGGACAAGAAGAGUUUGACCCUACAGCGUCAUCCUAUCUGGAGGUGCCUUUUGAGCCGUGCCCACCCGAGCACAACACAGUUCUCCUGUACGGGAGCAAAGGAGUAGCCACCUCUAAGGAGACAUGGGAUCCCUGCGGGGACGAAGAGUCAGAGGAAGAGUUUGACCCUCACCCAGAGGCUGAACAUGACUGCGUGCGCGACAUCAAGGCGGUGAAAUUCAAAGUUUACUGAAGAACAAUCUUAGUGCUUCGCUAGACAAGUACAAAUUGCUUUCUGAUUAAUACAAUGGCCACUUCCCCAUCUCAGACCUGGGUAGUCCGAGCUCGUUUUCUGGGCCGACUUUGCGAAUUCAAGUCAGACGCCGACUCCGGGUCAUCAGUCUCCUUCUCCGCGA